AAUUAAUGAUCUUCCGCCGUGCCAUGUGAUCGAGGAGCAUGCUUGAACACAAAAUGGCGUCACAGACAACAGACGGGAAAGCCGGCAGCACCUUACCCCAUCCUGCGGUAGUAUGGGCACAAAGAAAAGACAAGUUGUGGGUUACAGUGAGACUAGAUAAUUGUGGAAAACCAGACAUCCAGCUUAAAGAAAAUAGUUUGUAUUUCAAGGGUGCUGGUGGGCCUGAUAAGAUUGUGCAUGAAGCGACACUGGAGUUUUAUGAAGAUAUCAUUCCAGAGGAAUCAAAGUACACAAUAGGAGGCAGGGAAAUCAUCUUUAUGUUGAGAAAGAAGGAAGUGGAAAAAGGAUUUUGGCCAAGGUUACUCAGAGAAAACAAAAAGGUUCAUUUCUUGAAGACAGAUUUUGACAAGUGGCGGGACGAGGAUGAUUCAGAUGCUGAUGACAAUGAGGAUAUGAACUUAGAACAGAUGAUGAAUUCCAUGGGUGGACUGGGUGGAGCAGGUGGCUUGGCGCCAGAGGAUGAACCUGAUGAAGAUAGUGAUGAUGAAGAUUUACCUGACUUGCAAUGAUAAUACCACUGGGUUGGAGGCGGAAAGACCUGUAAAUCAUGCCAAGCUAUGUACGAGUGUUGGUUGAUGGCCCACAAUUGCAUAUUCCCUCUAUUUCAGGCUCUCAUCUCAUCACCACAAACUGACGGCAUUAAACCGCUAGACCUUGGAUAGCUUUAAAACAGUAGAAAUGUUGUUUUAUUAUUAAUCCAUGUUGUUUUCCAACACAUGAAAAACAGCUGAUGAUUUCAAUGCUUAAAAGAAACAGUAAUUCAUGUUUACAGGACCAGAUGUAAAUUUUAGAAUGUACUGCAAAUAUAAAUUCCUAGUCAAUAGUAAAUUUGUCUAAAAUUUCCCAUUUUUUAGGUAUGCAAGGUUUCAUUGUAGUCAACAUAUCUCUAAAACUGCGCAUUAUAUACUUGAGAAAAUGUCAAGUGCCAUGCUUCAUUUUUGUGAGGAUUGAUUGAUGUCGUGAUGAGGCCUGAAUUUCGAGGAAAGUAUUAUCAUGUUGAAUGACAUUAAGAGUUCAUUGUGACUAACCAACAUCCUGCGAAUGCGGCUCACGGGGUCCAUCGAUCAAGAGACACUGUAUAAAAGUCUGAACUUUCCAUAACCACAGGAUGUAUUUGGAGAAGUUCUGUGUCUUCAGCAGCAUCCAGAGUUUUCUAUGAUAUUUCAGGCUCACUUGGUUUUCUUUCAGUACUUGCUAUAGCAGUUUGUCUUUGCAACUCUUGUGAAAGCAUGAAGUGUGAGCUGCUACUUCUGUUGUAAUUUGCAGCUCUCAAUGUUGCUUUUAAGUUUACUGGUACAUCUGAAAAAUCAAUUUGUCUACUUUCUGUUCCUUAUUUCAUCUUUCAGCCUGAUUAACAAUUACUGUCAUCAUUUCUUGUAUUUUAUUGUAUUUUUAAGAUUCCAGUUGUUUCUAGAAUGCUUUUCCUAACAGAAAGAAUUAUGAUAUAAAAAGUGAUUGUGUGAACUUGGAAA